UCGAGAGAGUGCGGCGAGCUGUCUCUUUUUUUUCCGAACCUAAACCGAAACACGCACGCCAAGCGGCCCCGCAAAAUGUCAACGGACGAUGACAGCAGAACGUGUUGCAAUCGGCAAAACGGCGUCGUCCAACCGUUACUAACAGAUUUGUAUCAACUUACCAUGGCAUACGCCUAUUGGAAGAGUGGCAAAAUGAAUGACCAUGCUGUAUUUGAUUUGUUCUUUCGCAAAAAUCCUUUCCAAGGCGAAUUCACGAUUUUUGCCGGUCUUGAGGAAUGCAUGAAGUUCUUAAAUAAAUUUCAUUAUUCCUGCAGUGAUAUCAUGUACCUGAAAUCAACUAUGCCUGCUACAGUAGACCAAAGAUUCUUUGAUUAUUUACAAAGUCUUACUGCAAAAGAUGUCACAAUAUAUGCUAUAGAUGAGGGUUCUGUUGUAUUUCCAAGAAUUCCAUUAUUAAGAGUGGAAGGACCAUUGAUAAUGGUACAGCUUUUAGAAACAACUCUAUUAACGUUGGUGAAUUAUGCAAGUUUAAUGGCAACUAAUGCAGCGAGGUAUCGGUUGGUAUCCGGAAAAAAUAUAACGUUACUGGAAUUUGGUCUUCGACGAGCGCAAGGACCCGAUGGAGGAUUGAGUGCAUCUAAAUACUGCUAUAUUGGUGGAUUUGAUGGUACCAGUAAUGUUUUGGCUGGAAAAUUGUUCAAUAUACCUGUAUGCGGUACACAUGCACACGCAUAUAUAACAUCUUUUAUGGGUAUCGAUGAUCUGCAAGAGAAAACAUUGGCACAUAAACAAACGGGCGACGUUCUAGAUUUACUGGAGCUGGCCUGCAAGCAUCGGGACGCUAUCGCCAAUGAUUUAGGAGCUUUAGCUUCACAAGCAUCUGGUGGAGAAUUGGCGGCUUUGAUCAGUUACGCCGUCGCUUUUCCAGAAAGAUUCACUGCUCUCGUGGAUACAUACGAUGUUAAAAGCAUUGAGGCGUCGGCCAAGGGUCAGGCACAAGUGGCCAAUCUAAAUGUAAAGAAUAAACUUCUAACUAACGGGUCCAAUACACAUGCUCAAAUCAGUGUGAGAAACAACCCAUUUAUAUCAGAAUCAACUACGCAACUUCACAAGAAUGGCUUUUUAAGACGCGGCGAAUUGGGUGAGCUCUAUGUGAGGAGCGGACUUUUGAACUUCUGCGCUGUAGCGUUAGCUUUGAACGACUUGGGAUACAGAGCCAUCGGGAUCCGGAUUGAUAGUGGCGAUUUAGCGUAUCUCAGUAAUGUGUCGAGGGAUAUUUUUGAAAAAAUUGCCAUCAAGUAUGAUAUACCUUGGUUCGCGAAACUAAUGAUUUGCGCGUCGAACGACAUCAACGAGGAGACUAUAAUAAGCUUAAACGAGCAGGUAAAGAGUCACAAAAUCGAUUGUUUUGGAAUCGGAACGCAUCUCGUUACAUGUCAGAGACAACCAGCAUUGGGUUGUGUUUAUAAAAUGGUAGAAAUCAAUGACGAGCCGAGGAUUAAGCUUAGUCAAGAGGUCGGGAAAGUCACGAUACCAGGCAGAAAGGACGCCUAUAGACUGUACGGCGCGGAUGGCUAUGCAUUAAUAGACCUGUUGCAGAAAACGACAGAAGAACGACCACAAGUAACGCAGAAAGUUCUUUGCAGGCAUCCAUUUCAACAAACGAAAAGGGCUAACGUUACACCGUCCAAAGUAGAACCUUUGCACAAGAUAUACUGGAAAGAUGGCAAAUUAUGUCAACCAUUACCAGCAUUACAAGAAAUUCGCAACAGAGUACAAGAAUCUCUCAAUACAUUGCGUAAUGAUCAUAAAAGGAGCUUGAAUCCAACACCAUAUAAGGUAGCUGUCAGUGAUACUUUAUAUAGAUUCAUAGAUGAGUUAUGGUCUCAAAAUGCCCCGAUUGGAGAACUACGGUGAAGCAUACUACUCUUAUACAGGAGUAUUGUUAAACUAGUCUCUAGCAAUUAUGAGUGAUAAUACAAAAUCAGGAUUUAUAGAUAAAAUACAUAAUAAAUCCUUUGCUAAAAGCAAUGAUAACGAUCACCGCAAUUGGGCAUAUAUAUGCGCAUUAUCAUUUGAUAUGAUUGUGCUGUAGAAUAUAUCACGAAAAAAACGAGGGUCCUAAAAACAUAUUUUUUACAAUUUCCAUUGUUGAAAAAUUCGAAUUAUAUUAUCAUUAUACACAUAAUCUAUUUUGAUAAAUUUUUCGCAAAUCAUAAUAUAAAAUAUAUAGUUUUACACAAUUUAUAUAGAACGAAUUAUUUCGUUACAGAAAUCUAUUUACAAAUCUAUUUAUAUUUCGUCUCGCACACACAUACACAUGUACUUUAUUUCUCUUUUUUCUUUAUUUAUUAGGAAAAGUAUAAAAUAGUACAUGUGUGCGCGUGAUUUUAGAUAUGCACAACUCAAGUUUUAACAAUAAUAAACUUUCGAAAACUAAUCCAAAUAAAUAUAUCUGCAUGAUUAAAAUAUUGCAAAGAAUGGCAAUAUAAGGUAGCAUAAUGAUUUAAUUAUAUUUUCUGAUUCCGAUUUUAUUGUUGUCUUGUUGUUCUUUCUCUUCUUUUCUUUAUUGAACAAUUUAUUUUAUGUUACAUCUGUAAAUUUCAAUUAUAGUCUCGUAUUUAUAAUUGCUGAAGACUGCUUUAAAGAUAUUCUCGUAUAAGAGUGAUUUCGACAUUCGAUUAUUUAACAUUGUUUUUUACACAAAUGUACAAAUAGCGUGAGCAUACUAAUUAUUAUACAUAUUUAUAAUUUUACAUACAUGUAUAAUAUGUAUAAAAAUCUGUAUUGAUAAAGAAAAUCAUACAUCAGAUGAAAGAAAAAGAGAGAAAGAAAAAGAAUAGAAUUUGUUAUACCUCAAAUUAACAUCUGGCAAUUGACAAUUAUGAGCAAAUUCAAAAGCCCUUUUAUUAGUCAUGUUUUAUGUAAAUUUAUAUAAUGCUUCUAAUUAUUUCAAUAUUUGUUCAGGAAAAAAUUUGUCGUAUACUUUACCCAGUAGUUUUUAAUAUUAUCCUACAUUUAUACAUAAUAAAUAAUAGUAGGAUUGACAUAAUUUUCAAUCAUGAUUUAUCUUAUAUUUAUGAUAUAGAUCUGUUAUUCUUUUAUAAUACGAUUUGUUUAUAGUAAUGUAUAAGUGUAAUUGUAAAGUAUAUACCAAUGUUUUUUUAUAGUGAGAAUAAAUAGCAUAUAACUGUUAA